CAUGAAAUUGUUAUUAUCUUUGUUUGUUCUUGUUGUACUCAUCCAUUGCAAAUCUAAAGAUGAAUGGAAGAGUAGAUCAGUUUAUCAAUUACUUACUGAUAGAUUUGCUACAAGUUAAGGCAGAUCAACUUCAUGCAAUUUAGGCAAUUAUUGUGGAGGUGAUUACUAAGGAAUGAUUCAAUAACUUGAUUAUAUUUAAAGUAAAUAUACAAUUAUAUUUUUAAGAUUUGGGAUUUGAUGCUAUUUGGAUUACACCUGUUAUAGAUAAUUAUGAUGGUGGAUAUCAUGGAUAUUGGGCAAGGAAUAUGUAUGAUGUAAAUCAUAAUUUUGGUUCUGCUGAUGAUUUGAAAGCUCUUGUUAAUGCUUGUCAUGCUAGAGAUAUAUGGGUUAUGGUUGAUGUUGUAGCUAAUCAUGUAAUUAUUUAAUCUUAUAUUAGAUGGGAAACACAAAUACAGUAUACAAUUAAAACAACCCAUUCAAUCAAUCUUCUCAUUAUCAUGAUUGGUGUGAUAUCACAGAUAAUGAUUUUAACUCACAUAAUCUUUAUAAUAUUGAAAGAUGUAGACUUGCAGGUCUUGCAGAUCUUAAUUAAGAUAAUUAAUUUGUUACUGAAUAAUUAUUAUAAUGGAUCAAAUGGCUUGUAUAAGAAUUUAAAUUUGAUGGUCUUAGAAUUGAUACUCUAAUGAUGGUUAAAACUGAUUUCUGGUAUAAAUUCUCUAAUGCUGCUGGUGUUUAUACAGUAGGAGAAGUAUUUGAUGGAGAUAUGAAUUUCUUAAAAUAAUUUGUUGGUCCUGUUGAUGCUUUAUUAAAUUAUCCUCUCUUCUAUACAGCAAGAGAUGUAUUUCUACAUUGGAGAGAUAUGAAUACAUUUGAAAAUUAUUAUAAUAGUUUAAUGAAUUCAUGGGGUAAGUAAAAUAUUUAAUAUGCUGGUAAUUUCAAUGAUAAUCAUGAUAAUGCAAGAUUCUUAAAUGAUUAAAUUUAAGGAUAUAUUCCAGAUGAAGUAUUUUUAAGUGAUAAACCUCAUUUGACUUUCUCUGCUUUGAAGAAACUCUAAUUUAAGGCUAUCACUGCAUUUUGUUUGACAUCAAUAGGAAUUCCAAUGAUUUAUUAUGGUAGUGAAUAACUUUAUGCAGGUGGAAAUGAUCCAUAAAACAGAGAAGUUUUGUGGGGUAAUUUAGAUUAGUAAGAAUUUAAAUAUAUUAAUAGAUAAUCUGAAAUGUAUAAAUACAUCUAAGCUAUUAAUAAUGCACGUAAAGCAACUAAUGCAGGAAAUCAAGAAUAAAUUUAAAGAUAUUCCGAUUCAGAAAUCUAUGCCUUCACAAGAGGUACUUUAUUUGCUGCAUUCUCAAGUAAAUAUGAUAGAUAAACAAUCAAAACUAUUACUUAUCAUCCAUAUGCUGAAGGUAACUAUUUAAUAUAUAUAAAUUUAGGAACAACUCUUUGUAAUAUCUUUUAUCCAACCACUGAUUGUAUUAAAAUUACCAAUGGGAAAUUUACAUUAUAUUUAAAUUAUGGAGAAGUUAAGAUCUUCAUUCCAAAAUGAUUUU